AUGUCUGAAGCUGGUGUAAACUCCGACGCCACAGCGUUUGCUGCUGCCAGGUCCAAGCAAUUUCAGCCGAACAAUCACAGUGCCGACCUUACUCGUAACCGGCCUCCAAUAAAGUGUACCAAAUGUGGUUUAGAUAACCACACAAUUAAGAAGGAUGGAUUCACAAAUGGUGAAAUAAGGAUUCGACCAAAGCUUCAUUUGCAUCUGCUGAGUCAUCCUAAGAGACUACAUCAGAACCUCUAUAAGGUACAUCUAGCUCCAAGGCCUUGGCCACCUCAGGAUCUUCUCACUAGGGCCAUAAUUGGAUGCGGUACUAAGAGGGGAAUUUGUAUUAUCUAG